AAUCCCACCAUACCAUCUUCCCCUUCUCUUCCACCUCUUCUCCAGGAUCCUUAAGAUCCAUAUUCUCUUCAUGUUCCUGCAUUAGUUUUUAAGCUUAUUUUCCACAGAAAAUUUACUCUGUUUUCUGUUUUCAAAUUCAAGGUUCUACCAUUGCUCUUCAUCAAUCAUCUUCAGAACCUUCAAAUUUUCAUCUGCUUUUUCACAAUAAUCUGCAGCAAAACACCUGGUUUUAGUCAUUUUUUAUAAUCUUAUUUCUUCUGGGUGUCUUUUCUCCAAAAAGAAUCGGCAUUAAUGUUCAACCAAAGCCAAUUGUUCUUAAUGUUUGAAAUACAUGUCUCAAAUUCUAAGUGAAGUGUUUUGUUUUGAGUUUAUGAUCAAUUCCACUUACUGGCGCAGGACCCAUUUAGUUCAAUCGUUCUCAGUUGUCUUUCUCUACUGGUUCUAUUACGUUACAUGAUUUUUGCCCUGUUUUCUGCUAUAACUGUAAACCACUCCUAAUUAGAUCUAAAUCUAUACAGAAUCUUAUAUCUAUCCGAAUAAUAAUAAAAUUAAAGCUUUAAUACCAUCUGGGUCCUGUUUAUUUUCUUCGAAUUCACUCUCCAAAUCUCCAAGUCCGAGAUUUUGUUACUGUAUUUUCAUGGCUUCCUCCAGUGGUACAGCGACAACGUCAUCAGGUGGUUCAUACCCGCUUCAGAUAUCGGGUUCAGACGAAGAUAUUCAGCAAUUAAUGGAUCAGAGGAAGAGGAAAAGAAUGGUUUCAAAUCGGGAAUCAGCAAGGAGGUCGAGAAUGAGGAGGCAAAAGCACCUGGAGGAUCUCAUGAUUCAGCUGAGUCAACUCAGAAAGGAUAAUAGUUUGGUUAUAGCUAAUGUUAGCACCACCAUUCAGCAUUAUACGAGCGUGGAGACUGAGAACUCGGUGUUAAGGGCUCAGGUGGCGGAGCUCAGCCACAGGUUGGAGUCGCUUAAUCAGAUCAUGGCGCUCAUGAAUCAACCUAUCGACGCCGGUUGUGGGUUUGUGGAGGAGCAGUAUGGCAUGGGUGGCACUGAGUUGAUCGACGAGUUCAUGGUUAACUCACUGAGUAGUUUUUAUGCGAAUCAGCCUAUUUUGGCUUCUGCAGACAUGAUUCAGUAGUGAAGUGAAGUGUAGUAAGAAUCUCCUCGUUGAGAAUCGAGAUCUUUUAGAGGGUAGAUUCGUCAUUUGGUAUCAUGGGUUGGGUGGGGUGAGCGUCGAGGGUGCUUAGAGGGUGGAUUGUCAUUUAAACUUUUAUUAUUGUUUGGCAAAAUAGGUUUAGCAUUCUACGAAAACUGUAGAUAUGCAAUCGAGCAUGUGUAAUCGUCAAAACAACGUUGGUUGAUCCUUUUCUUAGAUUUAAUAAUGACAAAUUUUAAAAAUGUUCAUAUUCUUUAAUGUUUA